AUGCACAUUGAGGCGCUCUUCCUCCGGGGUCCCUCUGCUCCUCAACACUUGGCGCUCAGGUCCGACACCCGAAAGCCGUUCGCGGGGGACGAGCUGGACGUCAGGGGGACGCCAGCGAGGGCGCGGCUCACUCAGCCUCCCGUUUCCUGGGAAGUCAGCGCGCACCCGUCCCUAGCCUUUGGGUGCCGCAGCUGGCAGAGCGCACAGAUUCGGACAGGCGGCUGGGCGCGGGAGCGGCCCGUACUUCUGCUGGGUCGCGGGUCGCCGGAGACGGGAGAACCGAGCCCCGCGCAGCCUGAGCGCAACGCCUCCCGUUUCGUUUUCCCGAGGCGCCUCGGCUUUGUUUCGGUUUCCAGUUGUUCCGUCUUCAAAACGAAACUGAAAGUUGCGCUAAACUGCGCAGCGUUCCCUUGGACGGAGAUGCCUUUUGGCACCAGUCCUUACCUCUGCGAAUCUGUCUGGAACAGAGUGGAAAUUAGGGACAACGUGACACUUAAAGCCAAAUUCUUCUCCAGGAAGAAGGUACCAGUUUCCACCUCCAUGAAACGAAUUCCGGCAUUGGAGACUCCACAUGUUGGUCCGGUGAGCUGUGGAAAGGAGCAUUCCCUGGCUGGCUGUCAGAAAGGAAGGGUCUUCGCGUGGGGAUCUGGUUCUGAAGGACAGCUGGGAAUUGGAGAAUUUAAGGAAAUAAAUUUUAUGCCUAAGAAGAUAGAAACUCUGACUGGUAUGAAAAUUAUACAAGUCUCCCGUGGAUGCUACCACUUCCUGGCAUUAUCAGAAGGUAAAAAACGUCUUCCUGGAUCUCCUAUGUGUCAUCAGGAAAAGGAUACUAGUUCCACCAGCGUUUCCAGGAAAACCCUGCCAGAAAUAAGCCGAAUUAACCAGUCGCUGACAGAAAAAUGGAUGGCAGUGGCAGGAGGAAGUGCAGAGCAUGAAGUAAGUGACUGAGAGGUGGCUCUGGAAAUUAGAGUGAUAUUUUCAUCUCCUGCUUGUCUGACUGCAAGUUUUUAAAGAAAAGAAUCUGGAGAAACUAUGUCCAUUGAUGUGGACUUAGAAGUGGAGAAGUUAACAAAAAAAGAAUGGAUUUCUUCUUUGAUAACAACACGUCUCAGGGAUCCUCUGCUCAACACUCUUCCAUAUUGUUCUCCACACCAAGAAACUUUAUCGGUCUUCCUUCUGCUCCCAGAGUGUCCUGUCAUGCAUGAUCCUAAGAACUGGAUGACUCUGGUGGUCCCGUUCGCAGAGGCUGUUCAUAACAUGACUGGCCAAUCUUCACAAGUCCUGAAGCAGUGUUGGGCAUCUUUGCAAGCAUCCUCUCUCAACACGCUGGUCCAGAUGCUUAAAACUGCCAUCGCCUCUCACCUGUUUUGUUGGACUGAAACCAUUCAGUCCCACAAUGUUAAAGCUCUUCUAGAAGUGAUGAAAGAAGUGUAUAAGGUAAACAAAGCUAAUUGUCAACUACCAGAUACUUUCAACAUAAAUGAACUAUCCAUUUUGUUGAACUUUUAUGAAGAGAGAAGAAGAGUGAUCUGUAGGGAUAAAAACCUGAUACCUACAGAAAACCUCAGUCCCAUUAUUUUCAGUGAUUUUCCAUUUGGAAGCCCUCCAUCUGUCUUUAAUUUGCUCUCCAAAAUUAAAUUAUUGCAAGCUGAUUCCCAUAUAAAAAUGCUGGAAUCAGAAGGGAUAGACUGCAUGGAUUUUGGGCAAAUAAUUCUGCGAGGAAAGGAUGAAUCCCCUCCAUUUACACUUGGAGUCAGACAGAGUCACCUAGUUGAAGAUGCUCUGCGUCAGUUGAGCCAAGCUGAAGUCACUGACCUCCGGAAAACAUUAGUUGUUGAAUUUAUUAAAGGAAUUCGUUCUGUGGGAGAAGGGGUGAAGUCCGAGUUCUUCCACCGUAUGUUUGAAGAUAUGACCAAGAAAGAAUAUGGGAUGUUCAUAUAUCCUGAAGAGGGUUCCUACGUGCAGUUUCCUGUCAACCCUGAAUUUGAGAAGAAGAGAUAUUUCCUCUUUGGGAUGCUGUGUGGACUAUUGUACAAUUUUAACGUUGUCAACCUCCCUUUCCCACUGGGUCUGUUUAAGAAACUUCUGGACCAAGAGCCAUCAUUAGAAGAUUUAGAAGAACUCAGUCCUCUUUUGGGGAAAUGUCUCCAGAAAGUUCUAAAUGAUGAAGCUGAUGACAUUAAAGAAGUACUUGGCAUACGUUUUUCUGUGAGUACUAAUGAAAUUUUUCUUACAGGAAAUGAAAGGCUGCAUGUAAAAAGCAUACAGAAGGUGGGAAUCCUAUUUCGCUGUCCUGAAACUUUCAGUGAAAGAGAUUUCUCAAUAUCACUGACAUGUCAUAAUAUUCUGGACCUCCCUAAAUAUUCUACAAUGGAAAGAAUGGAGGAAGCACUUCAAGUAGCCAUCAACAGCAACGAAGGAUUUAUGUCACCCACGGUCACAGAGUGAUAGUGACCUUUGAGAGGCUCAGAUCUCAGGUUCUCUCACCCUUCGAUCCUUCUGUUCUUCUUAGUACAAAGUGUUGACGGAUUUUAGUUAGAAUAAGUUGACAAAUGCUGGGAUAAACAAUAACAUGAUGAGUCAAGGAUAACAUUUUUAAUGAAUCAACAUUUCCUGAUCCUUAAACUUGCUAUGAGAAUGCUUGCUUUUUACUGAAGUAUUUCCUGAACAAUAAUUAUCAUUUAAAAAUAUACUAAAUGUUAAAAGCUAACAGAUAUUUUUUAAAAACUGUACAUCUAGGGGGCUUCCCUGGUGGCGCAGUGGUUGAGAGUCCGCCUGCUGAUGCAGGGGACGCGGGUUCGUGCCCCGGUCCGGGAGGAUCCCACAUGCCGUGGAGCAGCUGGGCCCGUGAGCCAUGGCCGCUGAGCCUGCGCGUCCGGAGCCUGUGAUCCGCAGCAGGAGAGGCCACAACAGUGAGAGGCCCGCCUUAAAAAAAAAAAAAAAAAUUGUACAUCUAAUAAACACUGUCUGCAAAUAUGAAAGACAUGCUGAAGUUCAAAAAAAUAAAACUAUAAACUAAUUCAACAUGUUUUUGAGGCACAUAGAUAUAUAUUUUUAUAUUCUGGAAUGUCUCCAGAGUUUUGAUUUUAGCCAAACAAUCUAUUUGAAAAAUCUAAAUGUUAAGGGAUUUAUUAAUUUAAUGAAUAAUGACUUAUGCUCAUUGCUGUGUUCCAAGAAGCAUUCUUUAUUUUGGUUAAAGGCUAAUAAGCCCAACAAGGAACUCCCAUUUAAUUACAGUUGGACAAAAAUGAAGAACAUGAAAUAUGUUUUCAGCAUCAUGGUAUAGAAUGAAUUAAAGGAGAGAUAUAAGUAUGGUGGAAAUGAAUUUUGUGGGCCAUUUCUAUCUCAUAUUAAAUUUUAAACUGUAAGCUAUUCUAUAAAUGCCUAUUGUCAUCCCAAACCACACACAGAAGCCUUGUGUCAGUGGUACUUUGGGAAAGGAAGCUAUGGGGUGAAGUUCCUACUGGGGUGCUGACGUGGAAAGAGGGCAGGCAUCUGAGGACAGACAGAACAGACAUAGAGACUGCACCAAGGACACUAGAAUGUAAGGUGGUUAGUGGAAACAUAAGCCCCCAGCAAAUCCCCAUAGCUAUUUUGGAUAGAUCUAGUUUCUACAGUAAAUGGAAGGAAGGCCCAGAUGUAUUCUAUGUGAAUUUUAAGGGAAAAGGUAACUUCUAAAUCUUAGGGAUCCUUAGGCCCCUGACUUUUGGGUUGUGUUUUUCAGGCCUUUCAACUCCAACAUUACUUUUUCUGUGCAAAUGGGUCAACUGUACUAAACAUAUUAAGAAGAGAUAGUACCAAUUCUUUAUAUACUCUUUCAGAAAAUAAAGGUAGUGAGAACACUUCCCAAUUAAUUCUCUGUUGCCAGCGUUACCCUAAUACCAAAACCAGAUAAAGACAUUACAGGCAAAGAAAACUACAUGUAUCUCUCAUAUGAACAGAUACAAAAAUCUUCUACAAAGUUUUAACGUGUCAAACACCUGAUAAAAUAUAAAAAGGAUACUACCUUGUGACCAACUGGGAUUUAGUCCAGAAAUGCAUUUGAAAAUCCAUUAUAUUUCACUAUAAUAGAAAAAACAAUCACAUCAUUACCUCAAUAGAGGUAGAAUAAUACUGACAAAAUUCAACAGCCACUCGU